UCCCGGCCGCAUCGAUGGCUCGCUCCGCGACUUCUCUCCUUCUUCGCCGAUUCCUUCGCCAUUCCAUCCCUUCUCCUUCUCCUCUUCUCAGCCAUCACCGUCCUCUCUUCUUCUCCUCUCAUGGCGCGUCUGAAUCCUCCUCUCUUGUUUGGAGCCAAGCGGUGUCUCAAGCUCUAGAGAUGAUACAGUCUUUGGCAUCCCAGAGAUUGGAAUCUGCAAAGGCGAAGCCAAAUCUAAGCGCCAAGGAGAAUAUUAGCAAUGUUCUUGACUCGAAGAUUGAUUGCGCCGAGAGGGAACGUGUUGAUCGCCCGGAUUUAGAACUGUCAAAUGACUUUCCUUUUGAGAUUGUGGCUAAUCCUGACCAAUCAAUCACCCUCAAAUGAGAAUUUGCUGGUGAGAAAAUCCAAGUUAAAGUCUAUGAUAUGGGAGAAGAUAUAAAUGAGCAUGAUGAGGAUGGUGGUUCUGCCAUGUCAGAAUUUUCUUUGAUUGCUCUGAUUGACAAGGGAAAGGGACCAUCCUUAGAAUUUUGGUGUGAAUUGGAUGAUGAUGGGCUUCAUAUUGAGAGCAUGCUAUUGAAGAGUGAUGAUGGUUAUGACGAUGGAAAUGAACCUGAGUUUUCGGAUUUAGAUGAGAACGUACAGAAGCCUUUCUACAAGUACUUGGAAGAGAGAGGAAUUAGUCCUUCCCUGCGUAAAUUCUGCAUGAAUACAUGAUUCGGAGGGAUGACAGACAUUUGAAUUGGUUAAAGAAAAUUAAGAGCUUCAUUGAGAAAUGAGUUCCAAGCACCUCUUCUCACUUCCAGAAAGUCAAGUGAUAGUUUUGAUCAAGCACCACUCUUCAAGUAAGUGAUGCUCAAGAUGAAAAGUAGAUGUUUUAUGGCUUGAUACCAUUCAAUAGAAAUAAAUUAGUUUUGACAAUGUGACUUAACAAUUAACAUCAUGAUGUAUA